AUGGGUGCUAUAUCCCCAGAUCCCAAAGGGCCGAUCCAGCAGACCCGGAGCAACACCGUAAAGGUCAUCCUACGAUUUGCACCGGAAAUGCUGGGGAACUCGAGGUGGAUUCCGAAGGGACAAGGAAGCAUGGUUCUGGAAAGUCCGAGUCGAAGUCCAGCGACUCGUGAUGCAGAAGUGAUCGAUCCCAAGAGGCUCGCUAAGGCUGCAGUAGUGAAGGCAAAGAAUACGGAAAUGGACGCCUUGUCUGUGGAAAUCGAUGGUCGGAAAGGAGAGAAGUUCGUCCUCUGGCUGGUGAAAGCGCGUCACCGGGCUAAUCAGGACAUCUGGGUAGUCGUCAAGAACAGCGGGGUGCAAUCAUGA